UCUGCCCAGUUUCCCGGGCUGCCAUCGCGGAAGUGCGGGUGCUCAGGUGCUGGCAGGUGCUGAGGUCGCGGUGCGGCGAGGGUGGCAUGGAGGGGAGCGCAGCGGCUGCCGACGGUCCGGACGGUGCCCGGGAGCGGCGAAGCCUGUCCGCGCCUGGGAGGCAGGAGCAGAACCAUGAGGGAGUUCAGCCCUGCCGGAACGGGGUGCCAAAGCAUUCCUACUGGUUGGAUCUGUGGCUCUUCAUCCUCUUCGACCUGGUGUUAUUUAUUUUCGUCUAUCUUUUGCCCUGACUGGUUUGCCAGUAUCUCAAGAAUCCAUCUCUACAAGUCUGGAGCGAAUUCUGAAAACUACCACUAACUUCUUGAAUAAAGAAGAUAGGAUUGUGCGGCAGCAGAAUUUCAAACCUCUAUGAUCUUCCUCUUCAUAAUACACCUUCUGUGAACUCAUUUGGAAAACUAUUAAAUGAGUACUGAUUACCCUCUUUCAUACCUAAGCUCUUAAAACUAGACAUACUGGUUUAUGGUUAAAAAUUUGUUUCAAAUUUCUAAUGGCUUUACAGGGACUAAAUAUUAAAAUAUCUGUACUUAAAGAUUUAGUAUAUUUAAAAAUGUAGUAAUGUCUUUAAUAUCUUAAGGGUUGAUCAGGGUUUAGUUUAUUGCAAAUAAUGUGCAUAAUGAGGUGACAUUUAUAAAUUCAAAAGUAAAUUACUCAAAAGCAAGGGAUUGAUUUUGAGAGAAGGCACAGUGUUCACAGGUUUCAUAGAGGCUAUAAAUAUCCCAAAGCUACACAAAAAAUAGAGCCCACAAUGUAUUGGCUCUAAAUAUCUUUAAUCUUUAGACUGAGACUUAAUGCCUGUAACUUAAAUAUUUUAGCAGUCAGUGUGGGAUUUACUCAUUCAAUAAAUAUUGAACCUCUCACUACUAGCCAGGCAUUAUUUUAAACACAGCAGUGAAAACAGAAAUCCUUGCCUUUGUGAAAUUUACUUUCUCAGUUGCUAUUUUCUUUUUGAAAUCCAUUUAUAUUGUUCAAUGAGAAUUCACAUUCCAGAGUUGAUCAGCAGGCAUUUAAUCAGAAAGACCAUACUCCCAAAGCAGCUGCUGUAAGCACUUUGGAAGCUGUUCCUAUUGGCCCUAAAGGUUUUAAUAGUGGAUAUUGGGAAUUAGUUUUUUUCUAAUUUUAAUAUAUGUAACUGUCUAAAGUAUUUGAGGGUUGUUCUCCUCCCUUAUGAUCAAGGUAUAAGAUUGUUAAACUCUACAUCACUAGUCUUAUGUUGGAGGAUUUUUUUUUUUCUUUAGGGUAUGGACUCAGGGUUCAAGCUUGCUCUUAUCACUUGAGCCACAAACCAGACCUUGAUUCUCCUACCUAACAACCCCUGCCCCUCAAGUAGCUGGGACCAUAGGCAUUCUAUCACCACACCUGGCUUGCUAGUGUUUGAGAUAGGGUUUUUAGAUAACUUCACCUGGGCUGAACUGAAACCUUGACCCUUUUGUUCUGCCUCCUGAGUAGUUAGUAUUAUAGGCAGGCACCCCACCCUGUUUUGGGUGGCUUUAAUUGGCCUAAUGACUAUAAAAUUAAUUGUUUUCAUAGUAUUGUUGCAACUGCCAAAAGAGAACUUUUUGUAGGUGUGAGUAAAGCAUCUAGAGCAACUGAGAACUGGGAUUCCACCAUGUUUACCAAACAGAUUGUAUGACUUGUUUUUGCACUGCUUACUAAUAAUUUUCUCUAAUAAAUGUUUAUACAGCUGUCUGGUUUUAUUCUGUGAAUCUGUUGGUCAGGUUGUAAAGAGAUUAACAGUUCUAACACAGCUUACUGUUAGGUUACAUACAAAGACAUCUAAUCCCACUCCUAUCUGAGCCUAAAAUCUGCUUAUUGCCAAAAUGAUCAGAUAUUCUGAAAAUGUCUAAUAUAGUGAAGAUGGUGAGAUCUUAGUGUGAUGGGCAAUUUUUUUGACUCAGGUUGAGCUAAGGGACUCAAGGUAGCUUGUAAAACAUUAUUCCUGGGUAUGUUUAUGAGAAUGUUUCUGGAAGAGAUUAGCAGAUUCUAAAAGCAUAAAGAAGAGUUACCCUCCCCAAGGUGGGUGAGCAUCAUCCAGUUCUUUUAAGGCUUGGUUGAAAUAAAAAGGCAGAGGAACAGUGAAUUCUCUCUUUGAGCUAGGACAUCCAUCUUUUGCCCUGGUUCUCUUUUGGUUCUUGGACCUUCAGACUUAGACCAGGCCUCUGGUUCUUAGACUUUCAGGUUAGACUAGAACUACACUACCAGUUUUCCUGGGCCUCUUGCUUGCAGUGGGCAAACCAUGGACCUUCUGUGCUUCAAUAAUCAUAUGAGCCAAUCCCUCAUACUAAAUUUUUUUUCUGUGUAUUAUUUGGGUUCUGUUUCUCUGGAGAAUCCUAGUACAUUAACACAGUACUAGUGAUUGAAAAUGGCACAUAAAUAGUAGCAGUGUGAGGGUCGCAGUGUUGUACAGAUAAGGGAAUUGUACCACUGAAGUGUCAUCUUUCAUGAAUGGUUUGCAGUGCCCACACAUUGAAGGCUUUUGUAAGAGUCUAAAUGGGAUGGCAAGAAAAGUUCCAAAUUUGCUACAAUAAAAACAAAAACAUCAAGAGUAAUCAAAUUCAUUUUAGUGUGGUAAGUUCCUUUGUAAGUUUCACACACUUCAUUUCACAUAAAUAACUUUUAAUAGUAUGACUUGAAAUGAGUUGACUUAUGAGCAGUUGUAGGGAACAGUUUUUAGGGUGUAACUUGAAAGAGGUAUAAAGAGUUUCAAAUACCUAGUUUCUAAACACAGGAGAAAUUAAGAGUCCAGGAUAUUUAUGUUGAUGAAGGUAUUUAACAAAUUACGCUCUAGGACAAAGACCAGGGCCAGUGGGCCAGUGGGCCAGUGUGGCUCACUACCUGUUCAUAUAUAUAUGGAAGGACUUUGAACUAACAAUGUGCUUUACAUUUUGAAAUGAUUAAAAAUUAGAAGACUUGCAACAUAUGAAAACUAAAUGCCAUCAAAAUUUCAAUCUUGACAUAGUAAUACUGGAAAGCACUCAUGCCCACUGAUUUAUAUACCAUUUAUUGGCUGCUUUUACCCUACAAAAGCAAGGCUGAGUAGUUCUAAAAACUGUAUGGCCCACAAAGCCCAAAUCAUUUACUAUCUGUCUGUGGACAGUUUGCCAAUUUCUCUAGGAGAUGUGCCUUAGACUUUGCUGAGAUUUAACUGUUAGAACAUCUGUGACAUUUUAUGAUCAGUGAAAUUCCAAGUAUCCUAAACCUUAAGUACAUUUUCCAUAAAAUACAUAAUCCGGGGGAGGGGGGAAAGGGGACCACUUAAAAUUCAGUUUAUCUUAAAAACUGUUUUGAACCAGAAGAAAUUGAUUUCAAGUAAAAAUAUAAUAUUCUGAAGAUGAAACAGCAAUGCUGGUUGCAUUACUUAAAAAAUUAUAAGCUUGUAACAGAUGAAAAUAAAAUAGGCACACUAGAAGUAAAACUUUUUACAUAUAAAUGAUUAGUUUAGCAAACAGGUACUGAAUCUCUGGAGUGUUGAGGCAACAUAAAAACAGUUGUUUCUAGUUUAGUGUUACAUGAUUCAGGAGGCUAACUGGACAGUGCAUUAAAAGGCAAAGUUGGAUAUUUCUAUUUAAUA